AAGUGGAGUUGAGGACUACCACAACCGUUUUCUGUAUUCAAUGACUAAAACGCAAAUCCGGAACAAAUUCAGAACUAUUACUCGUCUUUUUAACGAAAAAACAAGAAUUAACAAAUAAAAGAGGGGCCAUUUUCUAGCCGUAGAAUUACCUUCCCGCAACUUAUCAGCCAUGGCUGUUGCCACAGUUCCUGUGAACUCAGUGUGCGCAUCUCCACUGCGCUCACCGCGCAUCCCAACCAAAUUUGUGUCCCAGUUCUUAACAAAAUGCUCGUCCUUCAAAUUGGGUUUUGAAUCUCUGCAACUCCGGACCACCCUACCCGGAAGAAAGCUUGUGGUUCGAGCAGCUAGAACCGAGUCCAAAGGGGUCUCUUUGGGCUUCCGAGCUCCCAAUUUUGAGAUUCCAGAGCCACUUACUGGGAAAGUUUGGAAACUGGAGGAUUUUGAACCACAUCCUGCUUUACUGGUGAUGUUUAUCUGCAACCACUGCCCGUUUGUUAAACACCUGAAAAAAGGUAUCGUGAAGCUUGCAAAUUUCUAUAUGAAGAAAGGACUUGCAGUUGUUGCGAUAUCUUCGAAUUCUGUAGCUACGCAUCCACAGGAUGGACCACAAUUCAUCGCAGAAGAAGCUAAGCUGUUCAAAUAUCCUUUUCCAUAUCUAUAUGACGAGCUGUUUCAACCUCAAAGCUCAAUUCCAUCAUCAACCUCCAGCUGCGACCUUAACAGCCAAGCCACCAGGUUCUGCCGAGAGAAAAGAUCACAGGAUGUCGCCCAGGAUUUUGGAGCAAUUUGCACACCCGAGUUUUUUCUAUUUAAAAAGGAUGGACGGAGGCCAUUUGAACUGGUGUACCAUGGACAGUUUGAUGAUUCAAGACCUAGUAAUAAUGUGUCUGUAAGUGGAAGGGACUUGAGCCUGGCAAUAGAUUGUGUUCUCAGUGGCCAACCGGUACCAUCGAUUCAGAAACCAAGUGUUGGAUGCAGCAUAAAGUGGCACCCAGAGAGAAAACCGUGAUAUGCAAAUCUUGGUUUCAAUUUUCUUGAGAUUAUAACCUGUGAGUAAAAAUUUUCUUUCAGGAAUUUCUUUGUAAAGGCCGACAGCCAUAUUGAUAUCAGAAUGUAACUUAUAAUUUCUUCCUCUUCUUGUUUCUCUCCAAUCCUCAAAUCUUCCUUUUUCAUUGCUUGGUAUUUCUGAAACCUUAUAAAGCUAGGAAGUAAUGUAAUAUAAUCAUUAUUUUCUUCAUUUGUAAUUAGAAACUUUUUAUUUAUUGUAAUGAUCAAUAAAAUCAUCCCCCUCAAGAUAUGGGAUGUCUGAUGAUUUUUGCACA